AUGGGUAUAUUUCCUGGCUUUAGCUUGAUCAAUCAGAACACACGACACAGCCUUCAAAGGUCAUCCAACAAAUCUGGUAAUAAUGUAAAACCUAAGUCAGUGUCAGAGACUUACCCUGAAGACAGAGAAGAAUUAAAGAAGCAAUUAAAACUUUGGAGAGCUUCAGAGAAGAGGGGUGCAUGGCAUGAUUAUCCUCCUAAGGUGAAGGUGACAAAAGAAAAGGACGGUCUUUGCCAUUUGAACAUACAGUUUACAAUAGGAUUGCCUCCUGAAGCAGUCUUCGAUAUGUUCACUACUUAUAAGAACCCAUCAUACUACAGUAUGAUGAAAAAGCGCCAAAUUCUGGAACACAGAUCAAGUAAAGUUUUUAGCGAUCUUGGACCGACAGAGAAGCAUGUGAAAGUGGAAAAAGCUGCCCCGUGGAGGUUUCUUUGGUGGUCUGGAUCUAUCCCGGUACAUCUAACUUUCAAUGAGAGCCGACAAGAUUUCAGCGCAAUAUAUAUGAUUCCGAAAGAGAAUGCGAUGUUCAUGAAAACGUUAUAUGGUAAGUGGAAAAUAGAGCCAUGGUACAUAGACAACAGUCGCUAUUGCAAGCCGAGGCUGCCAAAGAAUCGACAAGAGUAUAGACAAUGUACCGGCGGAAAAGGAUUGAUUGGCUCGAAAGUGACAUUGAUGCAGUCUUUUCAGCCUUCUUCUUAUCUUAAUUUUCCACCGCUUUCAUGGUACAUUCGUAGGGUCACCAUCAAGACCACCAAGGCUCUAGUCGAAGAAUUUCAAGUUCGGGCCGCCAUUAUCAAAAGCGUUUGA